AAGCGGUUGGUCGGGGGACAUUUCAUCCCAUGCUUUCUCCCACCAACCACCUCUCCUCUCCCCCUCGUGCCGCCGCCCAAGAUUCCGGCGACAGCAGCCGGCAGGGGCACGCCGGAAGGCCGCCACGCGCACGAGGCCUCCCACUUUCAUCUUCCAGUUCACCACCGCGAAGUGAAAUCCCAAUCUCCAAUCGCCACAGCGAACAGCAGCCGCCAGAUCCUUCCCCCCAGCUCCGAUGGCCUGCACGAAGCAGACGGCCCGCAAGUCCACCGAUGGCAAGGCGCCGAGGAAGCAGCUGGCGACCAAGGCGGCGCGCAAGUCCGCCCCGGCCACCGACGGCGUGAAGAAGCUCCACCGCUUCCGCUCUGGAACCGUUGCCCUCCGGGAGAUCCGCAAGUACCAGAAGAGCACAGAGUUGCUUAUCCGCAAGCUACCCUUCCAGCGCCUCGUCCGGGAGAUCGCGCAAGACUUCAAGACCGACCUCCGCUUCCAGUCCUCCGCCGUCUCCGCGCUCCAGGAGGCCACCGAGGCGUACCUCGUCGGGAUGUUCGAUGACACCAACAUCUGCGCCAUCCACGUCAAGCGCGUCACCAUCAUGCCCAAGGACAUCCAGCUCGUCUGCCGCAUCCGUGGGGAGCGCGCCUAGGUUUCGGGUCACCGGUAAUACUGAGCAGUAGCUGUUCUUGUCCUGUGAUCCGGAUGUGUGUCCGAUGCUUCUGUUGUUUGUGUUGAUAUGAUCUGUCGCUAUGUGUCGUGGUGCUUGAAUGAAAUGACAAUGGAAAAGUUCAGUUA